CGCGCCCGGGCCGAGCAGCGGGGUGUGAGCCGCGCCGGCCGCCGUAGUCCGCCGCCGCGAGCAGGAAGUGUCCGACGGCGGCGGCGGCGACGGCGGCGGCGGGCGGAGACUGCACGAUGGCCCCGGACCCCUGGUUCUCCACAUAUGACUCUACCUGCCAAAUUGCACAAGAGAUUGCCGAGAAAAUCCAACAGCAAAAUCAGUAUGAAAGAAAUGGUGAAAAUACAAUCAGGCUUACCGUGACAAUCAGAACUUUGUUGCAGAAUCUGAAGGAAAAGAUCGCCCUUUUGAAGGACUUAUUGCUAAAUGCUGUGUCAACACAUCAGAUCACACAGCUUGAAGGAGACCGAAGACAGAACCUCCUGGAUGAACUCGUAACUCGAGAGAGACUGCUUGUGGCAUCUUUUAAGAACGAGGGUGCAGAACCGGAUCUCAUCAGGUCCAGCCUGAUGACUGGAGGGGCUAAGCGAGGAGUCCCCAACCCUUGGCUUUUUGAGGAGCCAGAGGAGACCAGAGGUUUGGGUUUUGAUGAAAUCCGGCAACAGCAGCAGAAGAUUAUCCAAGAACAGGAUGCAGGCCUGGAUGCCCUGUCCUCUAUCAUAAGUCGCCAGAAACAGAUGGGGAAGGAAAUUGGGAAUGAACUGGAUGAACAAAACGAGAUAAUUGAUGACCUUGCCAACCUGGUGGAAAACACAGAUGGGAAGCUCCGCACCGAGACCAGGCGUGUGAACAUGGUGGACAGAAAGUCAACGUCUUGCGCACAGGGCAUCAGCUGUGGGCCAGACACUGGGCUCGAUCCUGGAGCCGAAGGUGUUAUCCCAAGAUCAUCCUGCCGCUCCAGCUGCUCACCCGUUCCCUUCCUUUGUUCUGGUGUUUGCUGUAUGCCACUGUCCACUGGGCACUGAAGAGGAGUCAGAGAAGACCUGGUGGCUGGCCUCAGGGAGCACUCAGGAAGGCGGCAAGGGCAGCGCAAUAAAGUCUACUGGAUGUGCACACAACCCCAUCGAAGCAACUUGAUUGGGGCCACUCAUUCUGGAAAGUUAAGUGGGAAUACAGCAGAGGCAGGUUAGCAUUCCGGGCAGUAGGAAAUGCAGGCUUGCGGGAGGUACUAAGGCCCGAACAACACUCGAUUUCUCAAACAAGAAGUGGGGGGCUGGCCGGAGAACUUCAAGGAAAGUGCAUGGAGGCAAAGCUGGGCCAGCCCAAGGGGAGCCCAGGCCACAAACCCAGGCCCCUUUGGGCUGGUAUUGCCUUCCUUCUUCCUGCUUCUACUCAGUCUUCCUGGCACUUUACCCUGAAGCUUAUUCAUCUGCUCUUCUGGACGGUACCACGGUCGACCGGCAGUUCCCAUCCUAAACCCAGACUUCCCCUAAAGUUCAAGGUCUGUGUCUUUGCCUGCUGCCAGUCCGUUUCUCUGGCCUGUCCCCUGGCAUCCUCGCAAUCAUGCAUCUUCUUCGUACACCAGAUGUCCCCAGCUCCAAAGCAACCCCACGCUCGUUUUCUUGGGAGAAGCCUGAAUUCUGGGUCUUCCAGUGAAAUCGCCUAGUAUGUUCAUGUUGACCGUAAAUUAACAUUUUAAAAAAAUGUCCACAUGGGCCAAAUAAAACAUGUCACAACGUACACUUGGGGACCUCUCGUUCACAUCCAUCGAGUCAG